AUGCUUCCAGAUGCCUUCAAUACAGAGCUUCUGCUAUCAUGCCUUGAAACAUUACAACGCGGGCAGGCAGUUAGCAUCCCAAAUUAUGAUUUCAAGAGCCACAAGAAAGUUGAGCCAGAACGCAUGGUUAACCCCUCAGAUGUCAUCAUUUUAGAAGGAAUUUUAAUUCUUCAUGCUCCCCGUGCCCGUGACCUCAUGAACAUGAAGAUCUUUGUUGAUACAGAUUCUGAUGUGAGGCUUGCAAGGAGGAUAAAGCGGGAUACUGUUGAGAGGGGCAGAAACAUUCAGAUUGUUCUUGACCAGUAUGCUAAAUUUGUGAAGCCUAGUUUUGAGGAAUAUAUACUCCCUUCCAAGAAACAUGCAGAUAUCAUCAUCCCUCGUGGAGCUGAUAAUGAGGUUGCAAUCGACCUGAUAGUACAACACAUUCGUUCAAAGCUUGGACAGCAUGAUCUGUGCAAAAUUUAUCCAAAUGUUUUUGUAAUAUUUUCAACAUUUCAGAUACGUGGGAUGCACACACUUGUACGUGAUGUCAAAACAACGAAGCAUGAUUUCGUUUUCUAUGCAGAUCGUCUCAUUCGCUUGGUUGUGGAGCAUGGUCUUGGUCACCUUCCUUUCACCGAAAAACAGAUCAUUACUCCAACAGGUGACUCUGCGAGUGCUAUUUCUGGCUAUUUCCAACAGAAAAAACAUCAUACAUUGUUGAACCAAGGAAAAAUUUCACUAAUUGACAGGUAA